GCCACAGGUCCCCCACGCGCCUCCGUGUAUCUCUGAAACUCAUCUGGAUAAAUGGACACAACCUGAGUCUGUCGGGUUUCGUCGGUGAAGCAUCCAAUUUCGCUCUUUUAUUUAUUUUUUACUCAAAAAGACAAGAAAAUAGCAACAAAACAAAUAGAGUAAACAGGUUACCACGCCUACGGGCUUCAUUUUAAACUCUUCGGACUAAACUCCGCCGCAUCUCAGGGUGUAAGAGAUGGAAAACGGGACAGCUUCGUUACUCGAAGAUGUGGAUGCGAUGUGGGAUAAGGUGGAUUGCAAACGCUAUGACCUGUGUCGCAUCAUUUCCCCGGCAAAGGUCACCCCUUACCUCCGCCAGUGCAAAGUCCUGGACGAACAGGAUGAGGAUGAGAUUCUCAACUCGCUGCGGCUGGCCACAAAAGCAAACCGCACAAGCCGUCUGCUUGACAUCCUCCAAACUAAAGGAGAGCGCGGGUACGUGGCGUUUCUGGAGAGUCUGGAGUUUUACUAUCCUGACCUGUACAAGCUGAUCACCGGCAAUGAACCCACACGCCGCUUUUCCACCAUCGUUGUGGAAGAAGGACAUGAAGGUCUGACCCACUUUCUGAUGAAUGAGGUGAUGAAGCUGCAGCAGCAGUCUAAAGUGAAGACUCUGCAGCAGGUGGAGCUCAGCAGGAAGAACUGCACGCUGGAGGAUGAGCAAAAGAAGCUCCGAUUGGCCAACCAGGAGCUACAGGCCAUCCAGCAGAGGUUCAACAAGUUAAAAGAAGAGAGAAACACCUACAAUGAUGAGCUGCUGAGAGUAAAGGAUGAAAACUACAAACUGGCCAUGAGGUACGCAGCGCUGAGUGAGGAGAAGAACAUGGCGGUGAUGAGAAGCCGAGACCUGCAGCUGGAGAUUGAUCAGCUGAAGCACAGGCUGAAUAAAGUGGAGGAGGAGUGUAACAUAGAGAGGAAGCAGAGUCUCAAGCUGAAGAACGACAUCGAGAACCGGCCAAAGCGAGAGCAGAUUUUUGAGCUGGAACGGGAGAAUGAGAUGCUCAAGCUCAAACUCCAGGAGCUACAGUCCAUCAUACAGCCUAGUCUGCUACCUACAACAGACAAAACCAUCUUUGACAUUUUGGAGCAUGACCGACUAGAAGCGCUUGAGGACAGACAGGACCUGGUCAACCGCCUCUAUAACCUCCAGGAGGAAGUCCGACAGGCAGAGGAACUGAGAGACAAGUACCUGGAGGAGAAGGAGGAGCUGGAGUUGAAGUGCUCCACACUGCAGAAAGACUGUGAAAUGUACCGUAACCGUAUGGACACCAUCACCAUCCAGUUGGAGGAGGUGGAGAAGGAGCGGGACCAGGCUUUUCGGUCCAGAGACGAGGCCCAGCAUCAGUCCUCACAAAGUCUCAUUGACAAAGACAAGUAUCGCAAGCAGAUCCGAGAGCUGGAGGAAAAGAGCGAUGAACUUCAUAUUGAAAUUGUUCGCAAAGACGCCAAGUUGGUCACACUGGAGUCUCGCCUAAGACGGAUAUCCAAGGACAUUGGUCUGGACCAGAGUCUCCCGAGGGACUUGCCGCCGAUGAUCAUCUCUCAGGGGGAGGGGUUUAAACCAGUCCAGGGCCAAUCAGAAUGGUCCAGUGACGAAUCCCCAGAGGAGAAGUUCUUUUCUGAAGAGCCUCGCCUCAAACGCAGACCAAACCUCAAAGCAGGGAACAGAGUAAAGUCUCCAGUCUUUGCACCGAAAGAUCUUCAUGCUAACUCAGAGGCGACUCAGUCUGCAGUCAAUGGAGACUUUCUGGAGAUUCACCCUAACCACAUCAGUAGCUCCCUUCCCUCUUCGCCCGUUUUCCCAGUGUCGCCCACGUAUCCGAACACCUCUGCUCAUCCAUGCUCCGCCUCCUCCCCAUCUCCCUCCCCUCUCUCGUUUGUGAUGCCUGAGGCGUGCACCAGGCCAAAUAUGUUGCGGUACCGUAAUGACAGCAUCUUGUCCACACUCCCUGAACCACCAGAAAAAGCCUCACUUUAUCGCAGGGAGAGAGAAAAGGAACACGACUUCUACCCCCGCAGCCAUUCUGACUUUGAUAGUGACAACCAGGAAACAGAAUUUGAGGAUGAAGUGCAGCGUGGUCCUCCUUCUGUCCACUCGUCGUCCUCCUCACAUCAGUCUGAGGGGAUGGACACUUACGACCUGGAGCAGGUCAACAGUAUCUUUAGGAAACUCUCCCUAGAAAGGCCAUUUCGUCCGUCUCUGUCCUCCUUCUCCAGAAUCAGCUCGUCCCUGAAGCCGGUGCAGGAGUUGUCGUUGCUAGGUGACAACCUGCUGAAGGACAUCACUCUAGUUGGUGGUAAUGACAGCGGGAUCUUCAUCUCAUCAGUCCAGCCGGGUUCCUUCGCAGACAGGGCCGGGCUACGGGAGGGCCACCACCUCCUGCUGCUGGAGGGCUCCAUACGUGGGGAGAACCAGAGUGUUUCAUUGGACACCAGUACUCAAGAAGAGGCUCACUGGACACUACAGCACUGCUCUGGUCCUGUAAAGCUGCACUAUCGAGCCAGCUUUGACUCUUACCGUCGCCUUCAGAGGGACCUUGCAGACGGUACGCUGUCUUCAGGGGACUCCUUCUACAUACGGGUCAACCUGAACAUUUCCGGCCAAUCAGACAGCUGCUCGCUGAGUGUGCACUGUGACGAGGUGGUCCACGUCCUGGAUACCAGGUACCAGGGCCGAUGUGAGUGGCUGUGUGCCCGCGUCGACUCCUUCAGCGGCUCUGACUUGACUGAACGUGGCACCGUACCCAGCAACUCACGGGCCAAGCAGCUGCUCUUGGUAAAAAUACAGAAGUUAGUGUGCCGAGGAGGGAAAGAAGAGAGUGAAACCAACCGCAACAUAAGGAACAAUUUGCAGCCUGAAGAAGUCAGUCCCUCUCCUGAUCCUAAAGCCAGCCCUCGCUUGUCAAGAGCCAGCAUCUUCCUCACUCAGAUACUGCAGUUUGUCAGCAGGGUGGAUAUCAAGUAUAAGCGAAUGAACAGCAAUGAGCGUGUGAGGAUCGUCAACUCAGGCGGCGCGACACUACCCAGACAAAGCUUCGAGAUACUCCGACCUGAAGACGCAGCCGACCCAGACAGUGACCUGAGUAGGAGUUUGAACCUGAUUCCCUACAGUACCGUCACCCCUCAGCGGACCCAGAGGAGGAGACCUGUCCUAUUCACUCCCACCCCUUUGGCAAAAACCAUUAUCCAGAAAAUACUUAACAUGGGGGGAGCCAUGGAAUUUAACAUCUGCAAACCAGACACCUUGUCCAAAGAGGAGUUUCAUCUGAAGCAGAAUGUGGAGCCGUUCAUUCACUACAAAGAGAAACAUGCGACAUUUGAAUGCAUCACCAGAGAAAACAUAGAGGCUGUAGCUGCAAAGGGCAAACAUUGUCUUCUGGAGGCUGAGCUGAGCUGUGUCAAAGAUCUCCUGAGAAGAGAAAUCUACCCAAUCAUCAUCUACGUCAAGAUCUGUGAGAAAAAUGUCAAGAAGUUACGGAGGUUGCCAUUGCGCGUGGAGUUGGAGGAAGAGUUUGUCAGGUUGUGUCGGGCAAAAGAGAAGGAGCUGGAGGGCAUUCCCUGCCUCUACGCCAGCCUGGAGCCUGAGGCCUGGGCGGGAACAGAAGACCUCAUCAAGGUCAUCAAAGACAGAAUACUGGAGGAGCAGAAGAAGACCAUCUGGGUGGAGCAGGACCUACUGUAGAAAAACACACA